AUGCAUCACGCUAUCAGAAAAAAUCUCUUAGCUCACGAAGUCAGUCCAUAUUUACUUCAGCAUCAAUUUAACCCAGUAGACUGGUACCCAUGGGGUGCCCAAGCCUUCACAAAAGCCCAACAAGAAAACAAGCCAAUUUUAUUAUCAAUUGGCUACUCAGCUUGCCACUGAUGCCACGUAAUGGCCCACGAAAGUUUCGAAAACGAAGAAGUUGCUGAAAUCAUGAACCAAAAUUUCGUUAACAUCAAAGUGGACCGUGAAGAAAGGCCAGAUUUAGACUCCUAUUACCAAAAUGCUUUAUCAUUAUUAGGAAGAUCAGGCGGAUGGCCACUUACCAUGUUUCUCAAUACUGAAGGGAAGCCAUUUUGGGGCGGCACCUAUUUCCCUCCUCACAGAAAAUAUAAUCUUCCAGGCUUCAAAGAAGUCUUGACCACUAUUUCUGAUUCUUAUAAGAAAAACAAUCACUCGAUUAUUAACACUGCUAAUCAAAUCGACCAUAUAAUAAAAAAUGAAAAAAUUCAAUCUGAAGCAGGACAAGCAAUGAGCCUGGACUCAUUAAACGCAAUUUCUGAUAAGCUGUUAUCAUAUAUGGACCCUCGAUAUGGAGGCAUUGCAGGGGCACCUAAAUUCCCAAGUCCUAAUUUAUUAGCCUUUUUCUGGAGAUCAUAUGAAAGGACUCAGUCAAGAAAAUAUAAAGAUGCCUUCUUACUAGCUAUGAGCCAAAUGUCAAAAGGAGGGAUUUAUGACCACAUAGGUGGGGGCUUUUCAAGGUACUCAACAGACCAAUUUUGGCUUGUGCCACACUUUGAAAAAAUGCUGUAUGAUAAUGCUCAGUUAAUAGAAUUAUUAACUCUUGCCUGGAAAGAGACCCAAGAUCCUUUGUAUUUGUUAAGAGUUGAAGAAACAAUCAGAUGGAUUGAGAGAGAUAUGAAAUUACCUGAAGGCGGAUUUGCAAGCUCUUUAGAUGCUGAUUCAGAAGGCCAUGAAGGGCUUUAUUAUGUAUGGUAUGAAGUUGAAAUUGAUAAUUUAUUAGGAGAUGACGCUGAAUAUUUUAAAAAAUCAUAUGAUGUAACCAGCACUGGGAAUUGGGAAGGGAAAAAUAUUUUAAAUUUGUCAAAUUUUAGAGGAAAUUAUGGAGAUGAAAGAUUGGCAAGGUGCAGACAAAUUUUAUUGGAGGAAAGAAAUACGAGAACGCCUCCACAUAAAGAUGACAAGGUGCUGGCUGAUUGAAAUGGAUUAAUGAUUUAUGGACUUGUGCAGGCUAGUUUAGCUUUUGAUAAGCCUGAGUGGCUUCAGUUAGCAAGAAAUGCAUUUUCUUUUAUAGUAGAAAAUAUGGUCGCAAAUGGCUCAAUAUACCAUAGCUGAAGGGAAGGAAAAAUUAACCCAGUUUCUUUUUUGUCAGAUUACGCUUCUUUAAGCAGAGCUGCUUUAUCUCUUUAUCAAGCCACUUUUAAUGAAGAAUAUUUAAGAUAUGCAGAAGAUUGGACAAAUGUUAUCAAUACAAAAUAUAAAGCAGAAGACGGUGGGUAUAAUUUUUUGCAAAAAGACGUCAAUGAAAUUUCGUCUUCAUUGAAAGAAUUAAAUGAUGAUCCAAUUCCAUCUGGGAACUCAUUAGCUCUCGAAGUAAUGGUGAAGCUAAAGGUUUUGACUGAAACAAAUAAUUAUGAUGAAGACAUAGAAAAUCAAAUUCAAUAUUUUUCAUCAUUGAUGAAAGGACAGCCGAUGAUGCUUGCAACUAUGCUGAAUGCAUAUGAGUUAUAUCAUAGAUAUAUAACAGUGUCAUUAAGAGGGCAUCCAGGAGAUAUAAGGAUUUUUGAUUUUUUAAAUGUUGCGUCCAAAGUUCCGUCUCUUUGUGUUAUAUCGAGAAGAGAAAUUGUAAAUGAAGAAUCUAAUGUAGUUCUAUGUAAGAAUUUUACUUGUAGCGACCCUCUUGUGGCACCUAAUGAAUUAGACGAAAAGCUUACUCUACCUAUUUGUUAGCGAGCAUAAAAUUUAUGUUCAUUUAGCUGCAUAAAUUUUAAUAUAAUUUACAUGAGAUUUCAUUAUUUUUUACUAUUAAUUAUAUAUUAUAAUAUAUUUCAUGCCCAAAUUAGAAUUUCUAAUGGUUUUGCAUAUAAAUGGAGGAGUUAGAAAAAUGAUUUUUGACUAA